UCUCCCUUGUACUAAAAUAUCUUUACAAGUUUGAGUUUCAGAAAAUGGUCACCCAAGCACAUUCUCAUAGUAGUCGUGGCUAUCCAUUUUGCAUCAAUGGCAUUUGCUCAAAUGGAAUCGCUAAUAUUCAACAACGACAACAACAGCAACAACAACUGCAGUUGCAACAACAACCUCAGCAACAACAAUUGCAAUUGCAACAACAACUUCAGCAACAACAAUGGCAAGGACAUGUUGUUCCCGAACCCAGUCAUGUUGUUCAUGCUUCUCAAGUUGUUCCCAAUGCCAACCUUCUUGCUCAUACUUCUAACCUUGCUACUCAAUUUGAGAAAGAAGGGGAGGAGAUUGCUUAUUUUUUCCAGCUGCAGAAUGAACAAAUGAAAAUGAUAUUAGAAAAUCAGAUGAAGCAACAAGUGGCUACAUUUAGAAACAUGGAAAAUUUUGCUUUACAACUUCUGGCACAAAAGGAGAAAGAACUUGCACAAGCUGCGAGGAAAAAACAAGAGCUGGAAAGUUUAUUAAUAGUUAGAGAUGCAGAGAAAAGGAACUGGAAGAGAAUGGCUCUGGAUAGGGAAACCGCAGUGAUAACUCUGCGUGCAAAACUAGAAGAGGAGAAGAAGAGAGUGAGGAUUCUGAUGGAAAAUGAUGCACAAUCAUGUUCCGGUGAAAACGAUGAAGGAAGAGAUGAAAAGCGUUUUAAGACAUGAAAACAAUAAGAUGUUUUGUGAUAAGUGCAACAAAAAAUAUUCAGAUGUCCUUUAUUUGCCAUGCAAAGACUGUGAAGUUUUACUCCAUGCUUAUCCUAUCUAUGGAAUGGAGAAGAAAUCUACAACUUAACUUGAUUUGAGUUUGAUAAUUUAUUGGCAAAAAUAAAAAUAAUAUGCAUGAUAUUAAUAUGAUAACCCAUUGGGGAUUAAUAAAACAGUGUUGCUUUGUUUUUA